UUACAUUGUCCUAAAAGUAACACACACACAAAAAAAAAAAAAUCAAUUCUUACACAAUCAAAAUCAAUGGCCAACUCCAACAACAAAUCGAAGAAACCAAUUCCCAAUCUUCGAUCAAAUCUUGCCAUAACUCUCUUCUUCAUCAUCGUCUUCACAAUCCCUGCCUUGCUCCUCCUCCACACUCCCACAACCUUAAUUUGCUCGAAUAAUCGAUCCUCGUCGUCGAAUGCCGCGCCGUGGGCCGGCGAUCUUCGACGGGCCCGGUUUUCGUGGAAUAGGCUCGAUUUCGACGAAAAAAAACGGCCUCCCGAGGGGCUCAAAAUCGCCGUUUUCUCGCGGAAGUGGCCCGUCGGGACCACUCCCGGCGGGAUGGAACGCCACGCGCUAACGCUCCACUCAGCGUUGGCGCGUCGCGGCCAUCAAGUGCAUAUUUUCACUUCUCCACCCGCCGUCGAUCCCGCCAAAAGUUCGAUCGUAAAAUCGGACGACGGCAGGCCCGCGCCGCUGUCGCCGGUGUUGCAUUGGCAUGACGGCGAGCCGGGCCAGUGGCGGUACAAUAAGGCGUGGGAGCAAUUCGAGGAGGAGAGCCGCCGCGAUGCGGCGGCGCCGUUCGACGUGAUCCACUCGGAGAGCGUCGCGCUCCCGUUUUGGCUUGCGCGGGGAAUCCCGAAUCUCGUCGUUUCGUGGCACGGGAUCGCGCUCGAGAGCGUCGAGUCGAGCAUAUACCAAGAUUUGGUCCGUAAACCCGACGAGCCGAUGUCGGCGGCGUUCAACGAUAGUUUACGAGGAAUGAUCCCGAAAGUCCUGAACGAGAUACGAUUCUUCGCAGAGUACGCUCACCACGUCGCGAUCAGUGAUAGUUGCGGCGAAAUGCUCACGGAUGUCUACCAAAUCCCGAGCGAGCGGGUUCACGUUAUCGUCAACGGAGUCGACGAGCGCGACUUCGCGCAAGAUUCUCGAUCGGGGCGAGAAUUUCAAUCGAAAAUCGGGAUCCCGGAAAAUGCGAGUCUCGUACUCGGAGUCGCGGGGCGACUCGUUAGGGAUAAAGGCCACCCGUUGCUAUACGAGGCAUUCGACAAGCUCAAGAUCGACAACCCUAACGUUUAUUUAAUCGUCGCGGGGUCGGGGCCGUGGCAAAAUAGAUAUAAAGAAUUGGGUCGACAAGUUAUCGUUCUCGGGUCGAUGAGCCCGUCGCAAUUGCGCGGUUUUUACAAUUCUAUCGACAUUUUUGUUAACCCGACGCUUAGGCCACAAGGGCUCGAUCUUACGCUAAUGGAAGCGAUGAUGAGCGGGAAACCGGUGAUGGCGUCGCGAUUUCCUAGCAUUAAGGGGACAAUAAUCGUCGAUGAUGAGUUCGGGUUCAUGUUUACGCCGAAUGUAGAGUCGUUGCACGCGGCGUUGGAGUUGGUUGUCCGGGAAGGGUCGAAAAGGCUCGCCGAGAGAGGCGAGGCUUGUCGAAAAUAUGUAAAAUCGAUGUUUACGGCGAAGAAGAUGGCCAUGGCUUAUGAAAGAUUGUUUCUUUGUGUCAAGAAUGAAUCAUAUUGUACGUACCCUUGAAGUAUCUUCUUCUUUUGUCGAUCUUUUGUUUUGUUUAGAAAGAAUUUCUGAUUUAUUUUAUCAAGAAAUGAGAAAUGAUGAA